CAUUUACUCAGAACUGACAACAUACUGCAACGCUGACGUUUUAGUCGGCCAUUUUGCAGUUUUUACGGCAACUGCUACACGUGUUCUGGUGCCGAGAUGGCAGUUACUAAGAAACCCGUGGCUAAAAAAGCCCAAUUACACCAGAAGACAGGCAAGAAGGGAGUCAAGGGUGGUAAAAUCCGCGGCAAGGGAAUCAAGAGGAAAAUCGCUCUAAAGUUUGUGAUUGAUUGCACACACCCGGCUGAGGACAGCAUCCUCGAUGUAGGCAACUUCGAGAAAUACUUGAAAGAGCACGUCAAAGUCGAAGGAAAAACAAAUAACCUCGGCAAUCACGUUGUCAUCGCCCGGGACAAGACGAAAGUCGCUAUCAAUGCAGACAUUCCCUUCUCAAAGAGGUACCUCAAAUACCUGACCAAGCGUUACUUGAAGAAGAACAACCUCCGUGACUGGCUGCGAGUAGUUGCGUCUGCGCACGACUCGUACGAACUCCGCUACUUCAACAUCAACGCUGACAGCGACAAUGAAGAUAACGAAGAUUAAGCUGUUCAUAAUAUAAUAGUUUUACACUA